GAUUGAUGCAAACCCGGGUGUUUCUUUACAAAGUUUCAAACGCAUUAUUUCUCUCGUGUACUGCCAGUUUAAAAAAGAAAGAAAAAGAGAGCUUAAACAAAAGGAAAAAAAAAAAAAAAAAUCACAACCACCAUUUUCUCCACUGAAGCUUCUCUCAAAAGCUCCUAUAAUCUAUUUGUACAUGUAUAUUUAUAUAUAGCUCUGCUACUGUGUAGCCGGCAGAUUCUUGUUUUGAAAAUUUUGAUUUGAAAAUUGAGAUAUUAAGAGAGAGUCAAAGGAAGGGAAAGAUAUUUUGAGUAGAAGAUGAAUGCGGUUGGGAGACAGAUGUCGAGAUCCAGUUCGACUGUUCACCACCAGCGUCAAUAUUCCGAUAACUUCCUUGACAGUGGCAGAUGGCUUCAAACGUCGUCCCAGGACUUCGGGUACGGUUCGAGGAUGAACCGGAGCAUGCAGUCAAUGGACCCGUCAACGCCACCGGUUUACUCCCGGUCAUCGAGUGUGAGAAGGAAUGGGGAUGAUCAUGUGUCGCCGAGUGAGCUCAGCCCUGGCUUGCUCGAUCUGCAUUCUUUUGAUACCGAGCUAUUGCCAGAGGUGUCGGUUCCUCGCCUGUACGACGGAUACAUGCAUAAUCCUGCUCACGGUAAAAGUUUUGAUGAUUUUGAACCUUAUCUAGCAGCCAACAGACUAGCAAACAGAUCCCGAGGUUUGCCUGAGAAUAACCUUCUUAAAAGUUUCUCAGGGGAUAGAGAAAGAGCCAACAGUGUUGCUAAGAUCAAAGUUGUGGUACGCAAGAGACCAUUAAACAGAAAGGAAAUAGCAAAGAAAGAGGAUGAUAUCAUUACCAUAGAGCCAAAUUCCAAUUCUCUUACAGUUCAUGAAACGAAACUCAAAGUUGACUUAACGGAAUAUGUGGAGAAACAUGAAUUCGUUUUUGAUGCUGUGCUGAAUGAAGGUGUUUCAAAUGAUGAAGUGUAUUCUGAGACUGUGGAGCCCAUAGUUCCUCUAAUUUUCAAUAGAACAAAAGCAACCUGCUUUGCAUAUGGACAAACAGGGAGUGGAAAGACUUACACAAUGCAACCAUUGCCACUAAAAGCUUCCCUAGAUAUAUUGAGACUAAUGCACCAAACAUACAGGAACCAAGGCUUUCAAUUGUCAGUCAGUUUCUUUGAGAUAUAUGGAGGGAAGCUUUUUGAUCUUCUUAAUGAUCGGAAAAAACUUUGCAUGAGGGAGGAUGGGAAACAACAAGUUUGCAUUGUGGGUUUGCAGGAAUACAGAGUUUCAGAUGUUGAGGCAAUCAGGGAAUUCAUUGAGAAAGGAAAUGCCACUAGAAGCACUGGUACAACUGGCGCAAAUGAGGAAUCCUCCCGAUCACAUGCUAUACUUCAACUUGCCAUAAAGAGAUCAGUUGAUGGCUCAGAAACAAAGCCUGCCCGACUUGUAGGAAAGCUGUCUUUCAUUGAUCUGGCUGGGAGUGAGCGGGGUGCAGAUACUACUGAUAAUGAUAAACAAACAAGAAUGGAAGGUGCUGAAAUCAACAAGAGCUUAUUAGCUUUGAAAGAAUGCAUUAGAGCUCUUGACAGUGACCAGGGUCACAUUCCCUUCAGAGGGAGUAAGCUGACUGAAGUUCUUAGAGAUUCAUUUGUUGGUGACUCUCGUACUGUUAUGAUAUCAUGCAUUUCACCAAGCUCAGGCUCAUGCGAACAUACUCUAAAUACGCUAAGAUAUGCUGAUCGGGUCAAGAGUCUUUCUAAAGGAAACAACAAACGUGAUCCGCUGUCUUCUUCAAACCUUAGAGACUCAACUGCAUUGCCUUUGACUUCAGUUUUGCCUAAUGAAACAGCCUUUGACAAUAAUACAACUGAUAUUUCCAAUGGAAAGAACAAAUUUGGAUGGGGAAAACCAAUAGAAACAGAAACAUCACCACCUCUUAAAGUGGAUCGUGUUCCUAGUGGCAGGGCAGAGGAACAUUUGGCUGCAUCUGUAUAUUCAGAUUAUUACAAACGCCCGAUGGGUGGUCAAAGCGGCAUCCCUGAUGAUGAUUUUGAUUACACCAAGGAAGCUUAUGAACAAGAAAAACCAUCAUGGACGAAUAAUAAGAAACUAGAAACCUAUGAAAUUCCAGCUAUGGGGGAUAGGCCGAGAACUAAUGCUCCAGCGAAAUUGAGAGAUAUUCCAGACUUUAUGGCAAAUAAUUCUCAUUCAGAUGAUGAUCUUAAUGCCCUUUUGAAGGAAGAAGAGGAUCUUAUAUCUGCCCACCGUAAACAAGUGGAGGAUACGAUAAACAUUGUUAGGGAGGAGAUGAACUUGCUAGCUGAAGCUGAUCAACCAGGCAAUCCGCUGGAUGAUUAUAUCUCUAAGUUAAAUGGAAUUCUUUCACAGAAGGCUGCAGGAAUUCUACAUCUGCAGACUCGUUUGGCUCAAUUUCAGAAACGUCUGAAUGAGCACAGCGUUUUGAUAUCAUCAUAUGGUAAUUGAUUUGAGGCUUGGAGAGGUGUAAAUUUUUGGUGGCAGUUUAUGUGACUCAGAUUCUUCAUCGCGUUGUAACUACGCCUGGUUACAGAGAAAUAAUGCUUUUCGGGGUUGUUGGUUGGAGGAUGGGCCUUUUGUUUCCCUAUUAUUCUACUGUAUGAAGCCAGUCACUAUUCUGAAUUAAAAGAAACCUAUUAUAUAAGCCUCUGUUCGAUGGCUUAUUUUUGGAACAUAUGUAUGCGUUUUUGGUUAAACUAUCUUGUUUGGCUGUUAAUUUAUAACGUAAACGCGGUUAGUAGCUACCUUUGUCAUCUGUUGAUAGUGAAAAUCUCCUGUUUGGAUGUGCACAUAUAAAAUCUGUUAAAUGUCAAUUACAAGUGGUUUGGACAAUGAAUUGAUAGCGAUGCCCUUGUUUGCCUUGACUGGCUCAAAUCUCAAUGUUAGAUUGAUGCUUAUCAUGAAUGGAUAAAGUGGUAACUGGUUUUCUCA